AUGCCAAUUUUUGAAAAACGUGUAAAAUAUAUGCAAUACAAUUUGUUUUACACGUUUUUCAUUUCUGGCAUUUCUAAAAAUUGUGUGUCACAAUAAAUAACAAUUUUCCCUUCUAUUUUUCAUAUUUCUGAAUAUUUUCAGCAUCAAUCGGUUCAGCUUUCGCUGCUCCAUUCCACCGCCGUGCAUUUGUUUCUGAGGUUUAUUCUGACACAAAUCAAGGAAAAGUCAAGUAUGGAAACAUCCGAUUUGCUCAAGGAGAUUGUACUUUUGUCGUUGAUGUUGCGUUCAAAUGUGCUCGUCAAAACCACUCAAAUAUCAAAAAUGUUUUCCCGAAAUUUGCAAUUCAACUCGAAGUCGAAGGAUUUGGUGGAAUCGCUAUCCAUUGUGUUUGCUCAUCCGCUUUGUCGCUCAACCAUUCACAAACCACUAACUAUGUGUUUUCACAAACCACUAACUAUAUCCAAUGA